AUGACGCUGUGGUCGCUCGUUACUCCUCCCCGGCCACUGCUUCACUUGGCCGCCUUCUACUGCCCUACCUGGGUGUUCGCCCUCCCCUCGGUCUCCUCUGCUGCAGCUGUUGACUACCUUCGUGCUAAGGAGGUGGGAGCUGCGUCUGCCCCUAGUGGGAGGCGCUGCGACGGCAGGGGCAGGGGAGGCAGGGGCGGUGGGGUGGCAGAGGUGGAGGCGGUGGUGGGAGCGGUGGAGGCGAUGGAGGGGGCGGCGGGGCCGGAGGGAGUGGUGGUGGGGGUGGAGGCGUAG